UCUCUCCCCCUGCCACUGCUAUGACUUAUUGAUGUGAUUAUGUGAAGUGGACACUCAGAGUUCCCUUAAUUAUCUACCAGUUUCAUUUGCGUUUCUGUACUACCACUCUGUCAACCCUUUUCUUUUGUAUGAGUUCCAAGACCUGAUGGCCAUGGCGAUUGGGGUUACCAUUGCCAUUCUCUUCAUUCACCUCUGUUUUCAGAGCCCUAAAGCCGCCAUUGUCGACAGGGAUUGCUUGCUUUCUUUUAAAGCUUCCCUUCACAACCCUGAGGCUCUUUCUUCUUGGACGCCUGUUACUCCUCAUUGUCGCUGGGACGGAGUUGUUUGCCGGAAUGGCGAGGUUUUCUCGCUCGUUCUCAAGGCUCGGUUUCUCCGGGGACCUUUGGGUUCUUCUCUCUUCUCUCUUUCCAGGCUUGUUGUUCUUGACCUCUCGUCGAAUCUUUUGUAUGGGGAAGUUUCGCCGGAAAUCGCUGCGUUAAGGGAGCUUAGAGCUUUGGACGUGGGGGAAAAUCAGUUGUCCGGCGAGUUGCCCGGCCAAAUAGGAGAGUUGACUCAGUUGGAGCUGGUUAAUCUCGGGCCCAAUCUUUUCUCCGGGAAAAUACCGCCGGAGCUGGGAAACUUGGGGAGACUCCGGUCGCUGGACCUUUCCGGCAAUGGGUUCUCCGGGAGCAUACCCACCCAACUCGGCAACCUAACUCACCUCCGAGUCCUGGCCUUGGGGAGCAAUCUUCUCUCAGGUUCUCUCUCUCCAUCUCUAUUCACUAAGCUUCAGUCUCUAACCUCUUUGGACGUCUCCAACAAUUCCCUCUCCGGCGAAAUUCCGCCGGAAAUCGGAACCAUGACCACCCUAACGGAUCUUUACAUCGGCAUCAACCAUUUCUCCGGCCAGUUCCCGGAAGAAAUCGGUGAACUUUCCAGCCUCCAGAACUUCUAUUCACCUUCAUGUUCACUCACUGGUCCAUUCCCAGAAUCCUUCUCAAAGCUCAAGUCUUUAACCAAACUUGACUUAUCUUACAACCCAUUGAAGUGUUCAAUCCCAGACAAUAUAGGGCAGCUUCAAAAUUUAACAAUUCUCAACCUAGUGGCCUCCCAGCUAACUGGUUAUAUACCACCCAAUCUUGGAAAUUGUACAAGGUUGAAGACACUUGUCCUGUCUUUUAACUCUCUCUCUGGAACAUUGCCUGAGGAGCUUGCAGAAUUGCAGUUGUUAACUUUCUCUGUGGAAGAGAAUCAGCUUUCAGGUCCAUUGCCUUCUUGGCUGGGCAAAUGGACUCAGAUUGAUUCCCUCUUGCUUUCGAGUAACCGGUUUUCUGGAAGAAUUCCACCCGAGAUUGGGAAUUGCUCUAUGUUAACUUCGAUUAGUCUGAACAAUAACUUGCUUAGUGGUCCAGUUCCUAUGGAGUUAUGCAAUGCUGUUGGCCUUACAUAUGUUGAUCUUGGGAGUAAUUUUCUGUCCGGGACUAUAGCCGAGGCUUUUGUGAAGUGUGGUAACUUGACUCAGUUGGCAUUGGUGAAUAACCAGAUCCACGGGGUGAUUCCCGGGUACCUUUCGGAGCUUCCUCUCGUGGUUCUUGAAUUGGACUCGAAUAAUUUUACUGGUUCUAUCCCGGUGAGUUUGUGGGAUUCGACGAGCUUAAUGGAGAUCUCUGCUGCAAAUAACCGCCUCGAGGGAACGCUUCCAGUGGAGAUUGGGAAUGCUAAGUUAUUGCAGAGGCUUGUUCUUAGUAACAACAGGAUAAGGGGGAGAAUUCCCGAGGCUAUUGGGAGCUUGACGUCUCUUUCUGUGUUGAAUUUGAAUUCGAAUCUCCUUGAAGGGGCUAUACCUGCUGAGCUCGGGAAUUGCAUUGCCCUUUCAACGUUGGAUCUCGGGAACAACAUGCUCAAUGGUGAAAUCGCGGAGGAGCUUGCUGAGUUGCCUCAGCUACAAUGCUUGGUUCUCUCGCACAAUCAUCUUACCGGGGCUAUUCCUUUCAAGAACUCCAAGUAUUUUCGCCAAGCUACCAUCUCGGAUUCAAGUUAUGUUCAGCAUCGUGGGGUUUAUGAUCUUUCGUAUAAUAAAUUGUCUGGCACAAUACCGGAAGAGCUAGCAAGCUGUGUGGUCAUCGUGGGUCUUUUGCUCAGCAAUAACAUGCUUUCUGGGCAGAUUCCAAGCUCGCUUGCUCAAUUGCCAAACCUCACGACUUUAGACUUGACCGGGAAUUUUCUGAAAGGUGAUAUCCCGAAGGAGUUUGGUCACUCUCUAAAGCUGCAGGGCUUCUAUCUGGGAAACAAUCAGCUUACCGGGGCAAUACCUGAAAGCCUAGGUAGCUUGGGCGGUUUAGUGAAGUUGAAUUUGACGGGCAACAAGUUUUCCGGGCCAAUCCCUUCUAGUUUUGGGAAUUUGCACGGGCUUACUCACUUGGACUUGAGCUCAAACACACUCGAGGGUGAGCUUCCCCCAUCACUUUCAAGCAUGGUAAAUCUCGUUGGCCUUUAUGUUCAGCAUAACAGCCUUUCUGGCAAUUUAAACGAGCUUUUCACAACUUCCACAGCCUGGAGAGUCGAAAUUCUGAAUUUAAGUCGUAACGUAUUUUCUGGAGCCUUGCCACCGUCUUUGGGAAAUAUGUCAUACGUUACAUAUUUGGAUCUUCACGAAAACAAUUUCGUUGGGGAAAUUCCCCGUGAGCUUGGGAAUCUUACCCAGCUCGAGUAUUUGGAUGUGUCGAGGAAUCAACUCUCGGGUCAAAUCCCUGAGUCCCUAUGCAGUCUCACCAACUUAAUUUCCUUGGAUUUUGCUGAGAAUGAAUUGGAGGGGCCUAUUCCGAGAACUUGUCAGAACCUUUCCAAGCUUUCAGUAUCCGGGAACAAGGAUCUGUGUGGUGAGAUUCUUGAUCUAAAAUGCCCGACGAGGAAUCAAGAUAGGAGAUUACAUUCCCUAAGUAUUUCGGGACUGUUAUCAGUCGUGGCUGGAACUGUAUUCAUCACUCUUUCAGUAGCUAUUGUGCUAAGGAUCUUGAACAAAAGCAGCAGAACGUGUGAUCCCGAGAAAUCUGACGAACUGGAUAGCUCGGUGGAUCAACAUAUGUAUUUCUUAACUACCAGCAAAUCGAAGGAGCCCCUAAGCAUUAACAUUGCCACGUUUGAACAGUCGCUCCUCAAGCUGAUGCUAGUUGAUAUUCUCGAGGCCACCAACAACUUCUGCAGGACAAACAUUAUCGGGGAUGGAGGGUUUGGAACGGUUUACAGAGCCACAUUGUCGGAUAAAAAGAUCGUUGCAGUGAAGAAGCUAAACCAAGCCAAAACACAAGGCCACCGAGAAUUUCUGGCAGAAAUGGAGACCCUGGGCAAGGUAAAGCACCCAAAUCUUGUUCCUUUGCUCGGGUACUGCUCUUAUGGCGAUGAGAAACUGCUGGUUUACGAGUACAUGGUUAACGGGAGCUUGGAUCUCUGGCUAAGAAACCGGUGUGGAACACUGGACGUGUUGGAGUGGAGCAAACGGUUCAAAAUCGCUGUGGGUGCAGCCCGGGGUCUAGCUUUCCUUCACCACGGCUUCACCCCUCACAUAAUCCACCGGGACAUCAAGGCCAGCAAUAUUCUCCUGAACCAAGAUUUCGAGCCCAAAGUUGCAGACUUUGGGCUCGCAAGAUUGAUCAGCGCCUGUGAGACACACGUGAGCACUGACGUUGCAGGCACAUUCGGAUACAUCCCACCCGAAUAUGGCCAGACCGGGAGAUCAACAACAAAGGGAGAUGUGUAUAGCUUUGGCGUGAUCCUACUCGAGUUGGUCACUGGCAAAGAGCCAACCGGGCCUGAUUUCAAAGACUUUGAAGGCGGGAACUUGGUGGGUUGGGUGUCUCAGAAGACGAAGAAAGGCCAGGCUGCAGAUGUUCUCGACCCAGAAAUACUCAACGCGGAUUCAAAACCGAUGAUGCUACAAACAUUGCAGAUCGCAGCUCUUUGCCUCUCCGAUAACCCGGCUAACAGGCCAACCAUGUUUCAAGUGGUCAAGCUCUUGAAAGGAAUCAGAGAUGAGUAACAGCAAGCAAGAUCAUCUUAGGAUUUCACUUCUUUGGAGAAUUAUGGUCAUGGGAUAAGUUGCAGCCUUUGUGUCUAAGAACAGUAACAGUUAGGUGUAUUGACAAUUGCUGAAUUAUUAUUAUUAAUAUUAGUGAAAUAGUAGAGAAGGACAAGUGAUUGUUAUUUUCAUUUAUUAUUUAUAGUUGAAUUAACUCACCUAACAUUAUGUCUAGUGUGUAAGUUUCAUUCAA